AUGGACGACCAAGCCUACUUCACCGAAAUCACCAAGCUGGCCCUCGACCACAAGGGCACUUGUAUCUCGCUUACUUCCUUACUGGUCCUGCUUCCCAAUAUCAUCGCUCUCGUUGACCCCGAAGCGGAUGGAGACAGUCUCACAAAGGAAGACCGUAAGGUGAUGGCAGCGAGGCUGCGGGACUUGGAAGCAACGAUGAAGGAGCGGCGGUUGGAUGUUACGCUCGAGGACUGGUCACUGGAGGCGCACGGCGAGAAGAAGGCGAAGCGGAUCGUCAAUUUCAAGCGCACCAAUGAGAGUCCAGAAGGUCUACACUCGGUCUUCAUACUCCCGGUCUACAAGAGCACCGCGGGCAAGCUCUGCGCUACUGUCCAGCAUCAGUUGCGGCCGCAUGUGGGUGUCGUUGCUCAUCUUGAGAUCCCAGCGGGCAAGUUCGAUGAUGGGGACGUUAGUACGGAGACUACUGCUGCUCGCGAGCUCCAAGAAGAGACUGGCCUCGUUUGGGACUACACCACUAGCCUGCCUAUCGCGCGGGGCGGUCAUCACGAUCGCGACGGAGGCCUGACCAACGUAAUGGGGGAAGUCUUGAUCGUCCCGGUUGAUGCGCGCGAGAAGCAGAAGAAUGCGUUGUCCGACGAUGAGCAAGCACAGGGCCUAGGACAGGUGCACGACUUCCCUGUGGAGCUGAUCCCGGAAUAUGUCGAUCACUGCUUGGCUCAGGGCUUGGGUAUCACUGGGACGAUCAGUAAUAUCGCUCUUGGGAUGAAGUUGCAGCGCCACAUUCAGAUGGCGGGCAUGGCCCCUAGCAUAGUCUUGACGAUGCGCCCUAUGUCUAGCCAUGUCCUCCGCUAG